CGUGUUUUUAUAUAUAAAUAUAGCCUACACAAAAGUUAGGUUUAUUUGAUAUUUAGUAUCUUAUACAUGGUUUCCAAGUGAUUUUUACAUAGCAUCAUGUUUUUUAGAAACACAUAUAUGGUUUUAUUGAUUACCGUUUUUCUUGGAAUAUACCCGGGCUCUAUAGAUAUGUGUGUGAGAAGUGGAGGCGGUGGAAAUAAAGGUGGGGAUAGCGGGAGUGGUAGUGGAAGUGGCGGAAAUGGGGGUUCAAAUAGCGGAAGUGGCGGUUCAGAUAGCGGAUCUGGAGGAAACGAUGGAGGAACAGGAGAAGGCGACCAGAGGUGUACAGAUAUCGGUGGUGUAUGUCAAGACGACAGUAAUAAGUGUGGUGGUUCAUAUUUCUCUGGAAAGUGUUCAGGUGGCGCUAACAAUCGGUGUUGUACAAAUACUGCAGAAGAAAAAGAUACCAAUGAUUGUGCAGGUGUGACGAUAAUCUCCCGUGAUAGUUGGGGAGCCAGGAGAACAAGAAGUAGUUCCUAUAUAAGGGUACCAGUUCCAAACAUUUACAUUCAUCACACCGUAACAAAUCCUUGUUCAUCAUUCUCUGAAUGCAUCUUAAGAAUGAAACAAAUACAAAACUACCACAUGGAUAAUAGAGGAUAUGCUGACGUUGGAUACAGCUUCCUGGUUGGAGAAGAUGGGAAAAUAUACGAGGGAAGAGGUUGGGGUCGUGUUGGAGCUCAUACAGAGGGUUACAAUAGCCGAGGUUUUGGUAUAUCCUUCAUUGGUAAUUUCAUGACUUUGGCACCAAACACUCUCGCUUUAAAUGCUGCUAAGGCCUUGAUUCAGUGUGGGAUAAAUAAUGGAAAGAUAUCAACCUCUUACGAUCUGUAUGGACAUCGUGAUUUAAAGGCUACCGCGUGUCCAGGUGAUAGAUUGUACGAUAUUAUCAAAUUAUGGCCUCAAUAUCAUCACCCAUAAGUCUAUUUUAGCUGUUACGUAAAUGGGGGUGUGGAUGUGGUUAACAAAAUAUUAAAUGAUAAUAAGGGGGGAUAAAAAUAUGGAAUAAUGGGACCAGAAAAUAAAGAAUAUUUUAUGAGAAGAUAAUGGGGUGCUAAAAUAUAAAGAAGAGCGAAUAGUUGACAGAAAAAAGAAAGAGCGAAGGAAAAUAGGUUUAAAAUUAUGGAAAACAGUAUAAGUAAGACCCCUCUCUACCCACACCAUCUUGAAGACGUCAUGCGUAAACAUGUAUAUAUAAUUUAAAUUAUGAACAAGUCUAAAUUGAAAACAAUUUGAAUUAUGUAUACCUUUUUUGUUAACACGAACGUUCUUAUUGUAUACUUGUUUAAAUUUACUAUGUGUAAAUAAAAUAUUUCGUUGCUUUA